UAUAUACCUGUAGCUCAUGCUCAUAUAAGUCACUUUAGAAGAUACGAAGUAUCAAGUAUCUCAGUGCAUUUAAAGAUGUUACAUCUAACGAUCUUUCUAAUUCUUGUUAUAUUCGUUUGUUUUUAUUAUCUCUGUGAUGGCAAGCCAAGAAAUUAUCCACCUGGUCCGCCGUGGCUACCGUUCCUGGGAUGUUACCUGACGUUUAUGCGAUUACGUUCAAAAUAUGAAUACAGCCAUAUAGCUCUUCAAGAACUGACACGUACGUAUGGGCCGAUAUUGGGGCUAAAACUUGGAAAUCAAAAGGUGGUGGUAAUCUCGACUUACGAUCUGGUGAAGAAAGCUCUUCGCUGCGAUGAGUUUAAUAGCCGACCGGACGGAUUUUUCUUCAGGGUACGAUCGUUUGGGAAGAGAAAAGGCCUUGUGUUCACUGAGGAUACCACUUGGUUGCAAAUUCGUACAUUUACGACGCGACACCUGCGAACAUUUGGCAUAGGUCAGUCGGUUAUGAAAAAGCAAUUGAUGAUCGAGGCUCGAGAGCUCAUCAAUCAUCUGCAGGAGAUAAGCGAGCAUGGCGCGAUAUCAAUGGACAGGGCAUUCGACGUUGCGGUGCUCAAUUCGUUAUGGUUUAUGAUUGCCGGACACACAUUCCGUUACGAGGAUGAAAAACUGCAACAAGCGCUCGAGGUCGCUCAUGACGCCUUCAGAUUAAUGGAUAAUCUGGGCGGAGUGGUGUCGCAGAUACCUUUUUUACGAUUCAUUAUUCCAGAAUUAUCGGGAUAUAAUGAACUGAUGAAGAUCCUCAAAAAACUUUGGAGCUUCAUCGACGACGAGAUCAAGAUGCACGAGAGCGACCCGCCGCCCGAUAAUCAGCCGCGCGAUCUUAUUGACGCGUUUCUCUCGAAAAUGUCGAAGAAGAAUGGCGAUGAAGAUACUAUUUUUGAUCGUGAGAUGUUAUUGGUAUUAUGCCUUGAUCUCUUUUUGGCCGGAUCGAAGACGACCAUCGAUACUUUAGCGACCGCGUUUCUCUUUCUGUCGUUAAAUCCUGAAUGGGUGAAGAAACUUCAAGCUGAUUUAGACAGAGUCGUCGGCAGAUCAAGAGCUCCUACCGAAGACGACUUGCCGUCUUUACCAAUGAUAGAAGCUUUCUUAACUGAGAUACAAAGAUAUUUAAUUAUGACACCACUUGGCAUACCUCAUAGGACUUCAAAAGAUGUCUUUCUAAACGGAUAUCGAAUACCUAAGGAUACGAAUGUGCUUUUUCAUUAUCAUAGCGCUCACAAUGACAAGGCGCACUGGGACGAACCGAAUGUGUUCCGUCCGGAACGUUUUCUAAAUGAACGGGGCCAAUUUUCUCGCAACUCCACCUUCCCUUUUGGUUUAGGCAAGAGACACUGUCCGGGUGAACUGCUGGCGCGUUCCUCGUUGUUCCUGUUCUUCACCAACAUCGUGCAUUAUUUCGACGUGGAAAUCUCGGCCGAUCACAGCAAACCAGAUCUGAAAUUCCACGAUGGUUUCACCCUGUCGCCGAAGCCAUAUUAUCUUAAACUCACGAAGAGAUCCGAUCUAAAUGACUGAGACGGAAAGGUCGCGCCGCAAACCUUACGUGAUGAUACAUUUGGACUUCCGUGAAACGCGGGCUCGGUUUCGUCGAACUCGUAAAACGAGACGUAAAAGUGAGACUUUUGCGUGGCGGGUAAAACCAAUAAACGUCAUUUUCAAACAUUGCGCCGGAUCUGUAAUAGCUACAAAUGUUUUUGUCAAACAUAAUAUUAUAGUUCGUGCUACAUGUAUAACACAUAAAAUAUACAGUAUGUCAAUUAUAAAUGAUUACUAAGUACAUUUGGUUUAAUAAAAAGUAACACAAUAUAAUUAUAAUUAAGGAGGAUUGAGAGAGAAGAGAGAGAUGAAUAAAAUUACUUUCAAAAAUUUCUCGUUAUCAAUUGGUAUUUUUAAAAUAAAGAUUUAAAAUUGUAGUAAUCGCGAUAAAAACAUUUUUAUUAAUUAAAAAAUAUAAAGCCAUCUCUCUUUUCUCUCUCAAACUAUUGUUUUGUUCUCUUCCUAAAUCUCCUGGAAGCAAAUAUGAUUUUUCAAAUAUAAAAUGAUGAAUAUAUUUAUUUCAUCGAAAUAUACUAUACUAUAAAGCAUUUUAUAUGACAAAUUUAAUCACAGAAAAAAGUUUUUAUAUUUGCUUAUACAAUUUAAAAUAUUAUAUUAAAUGUAACAUUG